AUCGCACCGGCUGUGACCGAAACCAUGCUUCUGCCUGCUGGGCAGUGCAGCUCGUCGGUGCUGCAGUUGCUACGGAGGAGUGGGCUCGGACUUGGCCACUGCCAGCACGGGAAGCUUCCGGGCUGCCUGCCAGUUCGACUGAGGCGAAGCCCUCGCUGCCUUUCAGGAGGGACUGGACCGCGGCCCUGCGCCUCCUUUCCCAGAGGCCCUGGGGAUUUGGGUGGGGGGAGCGGGGCUUGGGGGAAAGAUGAGGAGCCCCUCGAUGCUUCUGUUCCCCCGCAAGGUGACGACGCACCCUGGUCGCAGCCUUCCUUGGGCGCCCAGACCGCCCGAUCUUUUUCUUCUUUGGAGAAGCCCACGCGAAUAUUUCCAGAGGAGAUGCAGCCUCCCGAGAUCGAGUACGUGGCCACUGGCCAUGAAGAGUGCAGCGAUGAAAGCGAGGCGGCCUCCCCACCCCCACUGCGGACCCCAGCACUGUGCUGUGAAGCCCAGCCCGCGCCGGCUAAAGAGUUGCCUGCCCACUCGGUCGGGUCCAGUCCGAGGGAGCUCCCCUUCCAGCCCGGUGACCUUCUUUACGCCGAAUUCCAAAAAGGCGAAAAUAUAUUUAAAAGAUUGUUUAAGUUGGAGGCUGCAGGACAAUUAAGCAGUAACUGGGGAGCAAUUCCAUACAAAGAAAUGAUUGGAAAGUUACCUGGUCAGUUACUUAGGAGUUCCAUUGGUCACCACUUUAUGCUGAGAAGACCAGCAUUGGAGGAGUUUGUUUUAUUGAUGAAAAGAGGGCCUACCAUAUCAUAUCCAAAGGAUAUGAAUAUGAUGUUGAUGAUGAUGAAUGUCAAACAAGGCGAUGUCAUUUUGGAUGUUGGCUCAGGUUCUGGCGGAAUGAGUUUGUUUUUAUCACAAGCCGUUGGAUCACAGGGACGAGUUAAAAGUUUUGAAAUUAGAAAAGACCACCACAACCAGGCUAAGAAGAACUACAAGUGCUGGCGUGAUGCAUGGAAGAUUAGUCAUGUAGAAGAAUGGCCAGAUAACGUGGAUUUCAUUCAUAAGGAUAUUUUAAAAGCUGCUGAAGACAUAGAAUCCAUAACAUUUGAUGGGGUGGCUUUGGAUAUGCUAAAUCCUCAAAUUGCUUUGCCUAUUGUAUAUCCAAAUCUUAAGCAAGGUGGCAUAUGUGCAGUAUAUCUAGCAAAUAUCACACAGGUAAUUGAACUUUUAGAAGGAAUACGUAUCUGCAAACUUUCGCUCUCAUGUGAACAGAUAAGAGAAGUUCUUCUUAGAGACUGGUUAGUAUGCCCAGCAAAAAGAAAAGAUGGCACUUUAGCCCAAAGAGUAGAGCCUAAAACCAGUAUGGAUUUAAAGUUAUAUUCUCAAAGGGAUUUUGAAACUGAAGAAAAUGAAAAUGUACAAGAGAAUGAUUAUGGUGAAUCACUUUCUGGUUUUCCAUAUAGCUCAAUUCCCUACAUUGCUAGACCCUUUCAUUGUCAAGCUAAUCAUACAGCUUUUCUUGUCAAAUUGAGGAAGUUCAACCCAGAACAUUAACCGAGUAAUCCAGAUAACUGACUACAACUAAUUUCAAGAUUGCAAAGUACC